AACGAAACUGCAAAAGCCGUCAACGCGAAUAGGGUCUGAGAAAGUGGCAACCUUUGUGAAGGAGCAAGCAAUAAAAAAGAAACAGUUUUCGGAUAAAAAUGGAUUUCACCCAACUUUCUACGGAGUGCUUUGAUGUCAAUCAAUUUUUAAUUGCCCAUUGCAAAAAUACUGCAUUCAAACAGGAAAAAGAGGUAGCAAUUGCAGCCUUAGUAUCAAGACUGCAAAUUUACGUAGAACAGAUAAAUUCUACACUACAAAAGUCUAGUUUACAGCUAGUUGCAAUAAUGCCGCAGGCAAUUAAAGAAGUUAAUAGGAUGCUCUAUGAAACUAGAAGAUUGGCUGAAAAAAGUUGUGAGCUUCAAACAGAAAUCAGCCGAGUUCAUCACGAUACCGAAGAAUAUAUGACAAGUCUGGAAAAUAUGGAAACAAUCUUUAAAAAACUACAGUUAGCAAAAUACGCUAUGCAUGAAUCUGAUGGCUGGAGCAAAAUAGUCGUAGAACUGGAUGAAAUUUUGGAUCAAAGUGACUUAAAUGGAUCUAAAGAAAAAUUUUGUUUAUUAAAAAAGUCUUAUUUUGCCCUUGAAAACAUGCCAGGCCACGCUGAACGAGAGGCACAACUGGAGUACUUUAAGAAUAAAAUUGAAGCUCUUGCAACUCCUUCAGUUGCCUACUAUUUCGAAAUCGGAAAUGUCAAGCAAUGUGCAGAUUUAGCAAACGUUUUCAGAAUAAUUGAUCGUUUUCCUCAACUGAAGCAGAGUUACCGUACAAUGCACAAAAACAUUUUAAUUCUCAAAUGGAUAAAAUGUUGUGAAACUUAUUGCGAAACGGAUGUUCCCUUAUUUUUUUAUAAAAUGUUGACUGAAUUUAUCCAAAAUCAACAAAAGCUAUGUAAACUUGUUUUUAGCAAUGUUCACGAAAUAAUGGAUACACUGUGUGAAACACUGGUGGAACUGCGAAGUACUAGAGAAUAUUUCGUAAAUAAUCUUCUGAAGAAAGCAGAAAAUAAAUUCGAUCUUUUGACUCACAUCGCCAAAAUUGACAUUCAGUUUAAUCUAGACGUAAUGAAAAAAUUUACAGAUCAAUCUAUAAACAAAAAUAAACUGUAUUGUCUAAAUAAUGCGAUAUUUUCAUAUUUCGAUUUAUUUGUUGAACAAUAUCCUGAAAUGGAGGCUGCUAACGCUGGUAAUCUAAUUAAAGAUAUAUAUGUAGAAUAUACUGAUCCUGCGGAAAUUGUUCGACGCUUAAACAAUUAUAAUACAUGUAUUUUGAAGCUGAUUGAUGAUGCCUAUGAGCGUUGCGUGAUUAUUACACAGAAAAAUGCUAUGGAUAAAAUUUAUACAGUUCUGAAAAAAACAAUUGCAGAAUAUAUUCACGUGUAUGUAGAAGUACAAAAUAUGCUCGUGCUCAAACAAACUGAUAUGACUGAUUGGAAUUCACUUCAAUAUAACAUAAAUUUAAUGCAGUCACUUGGUGAGGUUUUGCGGAUCGUUAUCCAAUUCGAAAAUCAAUAUUCCCGCAAGGACGUCAAUAGCGACUUCAAUGUUGAUAACGGGAGUCCGUGUAAUGCUGCUAUUUUUAAUGAAGGAGAACCACAUCAGCUGGUUUCAGCUGAUUUAUGUUUAGAUGAAAAAAACUCGGAAUUAUAUCUAUCUUUACGACACGUUGGUAAUGUCAUCCAUGGACACAUAAUGAAAACGAUACUCUUGUCUAUAGAAAAGCAACUGCUGAAGAUAAACUACAGUGUAAACAGCAACUAUGUAAACGCCGAUUUACCGGAUUGCAGUUUUGUGCCUCAAGAGUAUAUAACACAAGUAGGACAGUAUUUGCUUACGUUACCGCAGCAUCUGGAACCACUACUCUUAAUACCGUCGGAAUCAUUAAAAUCUAUAUUGUGCUACUGCAAAAAUGCGUAUGGCAAAGGAGAAGCUUGUGCCGAUGUUCUCCUGAACUUAAUAGUCGAAGAAACAACUAGAUUGUAUGUUAUUAAAAUAGAUGGAAUCACAAGUUUGUCCCCUUCUGGUGCUAAGCAAUUGGCGGUAGAUAUUGAAUAUUUCGGCAACGUUUUGGAAGAAAUAGGAAUACAACUUAAUAAGGAUUUACAACAAAUAAUAAUGCUAUUAAGGAUGCCUUUGGAUCAAUAUAACACAGUUAGUAUCGGGUAUAAUCUUAGACUUGUGACGAUGAUCCGACAAAAAAGAAACAUUGUGUCAUGUUAAAAAUUAUAAGCUUAUGGAUAAAUUUUUAGUAAAGCUAUGCUGAAGAUUCGUAAUAAAAUGAUUAUGUUGUCUCCGAAUA